AUGGGUAAGCUUAAGGGCAUCGCAAUAUUUGUUGGUGUAUAUGAACCCACAAAGCAAAUGCUUUUGAAGAGCUUCCCUGAAAGUCUCAGCGCCUUGGCUUAUUUGACAGCAGGUGCUGUGGGUGGGGUGGCAUCUUCUAUUGUUCGUGUUCCAACUGAGGUUGUUAAGCAAAGGAUGCAGACUGGACAAUUUUCAUCUGCCCCCAAUGCUGUGCACUGUAUUGUAGCAAAGGAGGGCUUUAGAGGCCUCUAUGCUGGAUUUGGAUCCUUUCUGUUGCGAGACUUGCCUUUUGAUGCUGUACAGUUCUGUAUCUAUGAGCAGCUUAGAAUAGGUUAUAAAUUAGCGGCUAGAAGGGAUCUGAAUGAUCCUGAAACUGCAAUGAUUGGUGCUUUUGCUGGUGCAAUAACUGGAGCUAUAACAACUCCAUUGGAUGUCAUAAAGACUAGGUUGAUGGUUCAGGGAUCUGAAAAGCAGUAUGAAGGCAUCCUCCACUGUGUUGGUACUAUUGUCAGAGAAGAAGGCACCUCCACUCUUUUUAAGGGCAUAGGGCCGCGGGUGCUGUGGAUAGGGAUAGGCGGUUCAAUAUUCUUUGGUGUUCUUGAGAGGACGAAAAAGCUGCUCUCUAACAGUGGCCCAAUUCACCCCAGUCCAGAUUCUUUGAAGCAGGACUAACAUAAUACUAUCAGGUUUAAUUAGUUCAUGAAAUUUACUUCCAAAAUGAGAUUCGUGGCAUCAUGUAAUAGAUUUGUAGGAAUUUGGUGAAUUUGGUGGAUUUUAGUGCAAUAUGAGUUCUGCCUCCUUUGGACCAUGUUUCUAUCAAGUAGCAGAGAACUGAGGGCCUUGUGUCUCUUUAUGGAAAUUUUACAUAAUUUUAUGAACUCGAUGUAUAUUAAGGGAGUACAGAGAACAUUAGUUGAAUCUUUUAGAUAGAGUAUUAUUUGAAAUAAUAUUUUUUGUUAUUGAUA